UAUUUUAAAGGCUUGACAGAGAUUGCCAUUCGUCUGAACUCGGCCGAUUCCGUACCCUCAUCUAACGCAGAAGGAGAGUAGCGGAUUCUAUCGAGGAUUUAACGGAAAUCAACGACCAAAAAGAAAAUGGCAGCCUCCUUCAAGAAAACAGCAAUCAAAACAAUACCACGUGUUGGGGAAAUAAUAACCACAGACACAUUAUUUUGGAAAAGUUUAGAGGUGCCUGUGACAAAGAAGGAAUAUGGACCAAUUACUCAUAUAGAAUUUAGCCCUGUUGAACCACAUAAUUUUGCAGUGACCAAUUCCACAAGGGUACAAAUAUACAGCCCCAAAUCAUUACAAAUUGUAAAAACAAUCAGUCGGUUUAGAGAACAAGCACAUUGUGGUAGUUUCCGAGACGAUGGCCGAUUAUUGGUUGCUGGUGGUGACGGCGGUGAAGUUAAACUAUUUGAUGUCGAUGGGAAGUCCUUACUUAGAGUGUUUAAAGGGCACAAAGGAUCAGUACAUGUGAGCAAGUUCCUGUCCGACAGACUCCAUUUGUUCUCAGGGUCAGACGAUAACACUGUUCGGUUGUGGGACAUUCCUACUGAAAAUCAACUCAUAUCAUAUAAAGACCAUCAGGACUAUGUAAGAUGUGGUGUGGCCAGUAUGGCAAGUACAGAUAUCAUUCUCACAGGUUCCUAUGACCAUACAGUAAAGAUGUGGGAUACCAGAACACAAGAUUGUGCAAUGUCUGUUAACCAUGGUCAUCCAGUAGAAAGUGUUCUCAUGUUUCCUUCUGGUGGAAUAUUUAUGUCAGCAGGAGGAAAUGUGAUAAAAGUAUGGGAUGCUUUAGCUGGAGGGAGAUUAUUGACCACACUCUGUCACCAUCAUAAAACUAUCACAACACUGGCAUUCUGUAAAAACUAUCAACGAUUGAUCUCUGGAUCUAUAGACAGACACUUAAAGAUAUAUGAUGUCAGUACUUACCAAGUUGUACAUACAUUAGAUGUUCCAGGAUCUGUACUCAGUGUUGGGGUACCUGCAGACGAUAAUCUGUUGGUAGUAGGUACAGCAGAGGGUUUGCUGUCCAUGCAAAGGAGAAAGUCAGAUGAAGACAAAAAUGUUAGAAAGAAAAAGAGACCAGCAUCUUACAAGUUUUUCCUGAAAGGACAGAAUUACACUCCUUCAUCGGAAGAUCAAAUAUAUGAGCACAAAAAGAAAGAAAAGAUACAGAAAUAUGAUAAAUUCUUUAGAAAAUUUGAAUACAGUAAAGCUUUGGAUGCUGCAAUACAUGUUAGAACUAAAGAACCAGAAGUAACAGUCAGUAUUAUACAAGAAUUGAUAAGGCGUGAAGGUUUAAAACCUGCCCUUGCUGCAAGGGAUAACACAUCGUUAGGCUUUAUAAUAAGGUUUAUACAAAGAAAUAUAAGUAACCCCAGAUUUACCUCAACAUUGACAGAUGUAGCAGGUGUACUUCUAGAUAUGUAUAAUUCUCAUAUAGGACAAUGUGCUGAAGUUGAUUCUCUGUUACAAAAGUUACGUACUACUGUCAAACAGGAAGUAGAAUAUAUGAAACAGUUAAUGGAAACCAUGGGAACAAUGGACAUGUUAUUUGCUGCUGUAUCAACCAAACAGAACAAACAAUUAAAUUCAAAUUCUUUAGAUGUUUUGACUCCUUCUGUAGGAGCACAGACUUCCUGAUAAAAAUAAAUAUGAAAAAAAAGU